CGUUGCAGUUUAGUUUCCAAUGCUGAAAAAAAACAGAAAAUAAAAAGACAAAAGCUUGUUAGAAAAAAAAAAAAAAGAAAAAAAGAAAACCCCAAAUAAUGGAGGAGAGGCAUUGGAUAGUGCAGUUGAAGUAGCAGCAGCGGAUGAAGUUGAAAGAGAGAGAAAUUCAAAAGAAUCCCAAUGUUCUCCUUCUUUCCCUUUUCAACAAUUUUUCUUUCAAUCUUCUUCACUCUCUCUUUAUCUAAAUCAUUAAUUAUAUUAUUCUAGAUCUCUUUUCUAUUUACUUCACAUCGUAUGCAUCACGAUCUUGCCCUACAACAAAUGUCCGAAGACGACGAUCGAUCUCCGCCGUUGGAUCUCCGUUCUGCCUCAAUCAACAAAACCCGUAACUGUUCUGGAGCUAUUUCCAGCUCUGGAUCCUGCUCAGCGUCUUCGUCUUCGUCUUCAUCCGUACCCGUUGCCGUUCCCAUCACUGAGUACCAUCCGGACCAAGUUCUCGAGAACGUUCUCGAAAACGUGCUACACUUUCUGACGUCUCGGCGUGACCGAAACGCGGCUUCAUUGGUGUGUAAGUCAUGGUGGCGUGCGGAAGCGAUGACCCGAUCCGAGUUGUUUAUUGGGAACUGCUACGCGGUGUCUCCAUACCGGGCUACCAGACGGUUCAGGCGGGUUCGGGCCCUGGUAUUGAAAGGAAAGCCGAGGUUUGCGGACUUUAAUCUGAUGCCGCCUGAUUGGGGAGCCCACUUUAGGCCGUGGGUUUCGGUUAUGGCUGACGCUUACCCGUGGUUGGAAAAGAUUUGCCUGAAGCGCAUGUCCGUCACGAAUGAGGAUCUGCAGCUACUUUCUGAGUCGUUUUCGGGGUUUAAGGAAUUGAUGCUUGUUUGUUGUGAAGGGUUUGGUACCAAUGGCCUCGCUUUUAUUGCCAGCAAGUGCGGAAAAUUGAGAGUGCUUGAUCUUAUUGAAACGGAGGUCACAGACAAUGGUGUGGACUGGAUAUCUUGUUUUCCAGAGGGAGAAACAUGUCUUGAAUCGCUGAUUUUUGAUUGUGUUGAAUGUGCCAUAAAUUUUGAGGCGUUAGAGAAGCUGGUGGCCAGGUCCCCUUUGCUGAAGAAACUUAGGUUGAACCGUAAUGUUUCAAUUGGGCAGAUGUACCGUCUGAUGAUUAAAGCUCCACAGCUUACACAUCUUGGGACAGGCUCAUUCAGCUCAUUGGAGGGUGAUCCAGAACUGGACUAUUCAUCUGCUUUUUCUGCUUGCAAAUCCUUAGUUUGUCUCUCUGGGUUCAGGGAAAUCGUAUCAGAUUACUUGCCUGCAAUUUAUCCAGUUUGUGCUAAUCUAACCUCCCUGAAUUUUAGCUAUGCCAAUAUCACUACUGAACAGCUCAAACCAAUCAUAAGCAACUGCUACAAGCUUCAAAUUUUUUGGGUCCUUGAUUCAAUAUGUGAUGAAGGACUUCAGGCUGUGGCUGCAACAUGCAAGGAACUUCGUGAGCUUCGAGUUUUCCCUAUCGAUGCUCAGGAAGAUGUUGAAGGCCCAGUGUCUGAAGUGGGUCUCCAAGCAAUUUCUGAGGGUUGUAAGAAACUUCAAUCUAUUCUAUAUUUUUGUCAGCGGAUGACAAAUGCAGCUGUCAUUGCAAUGUCUAAGAACUGUCCAGAUCUUGAGGUUUUUCGCCUAUGCAUAAUGGAGCGCCGGAGGCCUGACCAUGUGACUGGAGAACCAAUGGAUGAAGGUUUUGGAGCCAUUGUCAUGAACUGCAAGAAGCUCACUCGGCUUGCCGUUUCUGGUUUAUUAACUGAUAGAGCUUUCAGUUACAUUGGAAAAUAUGGUAAAUUGGUGCGGACCCUGUCUGUUGCCUUUGCUGGAGACAGUGAUGCGGCUCUGAAAUAUGUGCUUGAAGGUUGCCCCAGAUUGCAGAAGCUUGAGAUUAGAGACAGCCCAUUUGGGGAUGCUGCUUUACAAUCAGGAUUGCACCACUAUUACAACAUGAGAUUCCUUUGGAUGUCUUCUUGUGGAUUAACUCGCGUAGGUUGCCAGGAGAUUGCUCGAGCAAUGCCCCACCUGGUUGUGGAAGUGAUUCGGUCAGAAAGUGAGGAGAUGGUAGAUGAUUAUGUUGAGACAUUAUACAUGUAUCGUUCACUUGAAGAACCUAGGCGUGAUGCGCCAGAAUUUGUUACUAUCUUAAGGGCUGAUGGAUGACACAACAAAAUUGUGUACAAUAUUGUAGGCAUUUGCGGUGGAGGGCAAAAGUUGUUUCAGCUGUUCUUGCUAUGCUAUUUAUCAAGUAACAAGUUACUUCUGUUUGAAAAAGUGAUGCAGAGGGUGCCUUUUAUAUAGCCCGCAAACAAGGUCCUGCAUACUUGUCAGACAAAGUCAAGUAAAGAGCUUCUGUUCUCAGUGUGGACUGUUGCAAUGGAAAUCAAAGCAGAAGCAACAUAAAGAUCCGCAUUUCUUCUUUGCUCUGGUUCUUUUAAUGAACUUUGAGGAUUGGGCAUUAAUGCACAAGGUGGGUGUUUUUGUUAAGGUAUUGGACCAUUUCAUAUUCUUGUAUCGGAACAAAUAUAAAUUUUAUGUUACUUUUGUUUUCAUAUUCAUUUUAUCAUAAAGAAGGCUGCCAGAGAAGGGAGGGGGUUCUAGAUCACCAUCAAGAAGUGAUUGUAUAUCUGUGUGUUCACGGAAACAAAUUGCUUAUCCUUUGAUGAAGAAGAAAUAGAGAUUGAUCUCGAAUUCUUGUUGAUGUGGAAAAGUGAAACUGAUAAAAUCAUUCUUUGACGCCAGUGGUAGAGAAUCAGAAGUAACGCAAGCAUUCACUCUGGAAUGAUUUUAGUCUGUUAUUUUGAUUCAAAUUGUAGUUAGAUAAGGUGUAAUAGCUGGUGACCACCAAAUGCCAAAGACUGAUAUCUCUCUCUCUCUCUCGUUCUGUUUUUCCGUGUUAUUUUUUCAGUUGUGUUGUUGUUGCGCCUGACUUCUGAAUUUAUUGUUGUUGUUAGCAAUUUCAGAUAAGUAAUAAAUGUGAAAUAUGCAUGUUAAUGGACCA